GGUUUCAGUCAACUUCGGUUUGUACCCGUUUCUGGACUCAAUGGUGAAAAUCUGUCGAAAAGAGUGCCAGACAAUCAUCCCCUCAAAAAAUGGUAUACUGGCGAAUGUCUGUUGGAACUUAUAGACAAGUUUUCUGCACCAAGUCGUGCUAGCGAGGGUCCCUUACGGAUUGUAAUCAAUGAUGUAUUCAAGGCGACACCUCUGCAGUUGUGCUUGAGCGGCAAAAUUGAAUCCGGGGAAGUUGAAAUGGGGGAUAAGGUCUUUAUAAUGCCAAACGCCGACGCCGCUACUGUGAAAGCCUGUUCCAAUGACGAUGGCGGAGCUGUGGAUAGCUGUGUCGCAGGUGAUCACACUCUUUUGACGCUGAAUGGAGCAUUUGAGCCGGACACCAUACAAGCUGGUCACGUCAUCGUCCGCGCAGGCCCGGACGCCCUCAUGCCUUGCUGCCGUUUUCUUGCCAGAAUUGUGGUAUUUGACAUAGUGGUUCCCAUAAUGAAAGGAACAAGAGCAGAAUUGUAUUGCCACUCUUUGUGCGAACCAUGUACGGUGGUGAAACUUGUCUCUUCGAUCAAUAAGGCAGAUGGUCAUGUUAUCAAGGAAAGACCAAGGUGCUUAUCGAAGCAGAUGAGCGGACUGGUUGAAAUCGAGACCGAACGAGAAGUCGCCGUCGAAGCUUAUACAAAUUGCAAGGCGCUCGGACGAAUUACACUUAGAGCAGGAGGUCAAACGAUAGCCGCAGGCAUCAUUGAGAAGAAAUUAAGUUAA